AUGGCCUUGCUUCGCACGAUGGCGCCGGCGCCGCCGGCGCAUUUGACCGAUACUGUGGCGGUGCGUGGCCUCGAGGUGCGGAUGCACGCAGGGCUCGACGCGUGGGGCCGUGCUGUGCCGCAGCCGGUGCGUGUCGAUGCCGUGCUCCGCACGGAUGUGGCGCGGGCAGGCCAGAGCGACCACCUGCCGCACAGCCACAACUACGGCGUGCUGUACCGCGCCAUCGAGGCACUGCGCGCUGCGCCAGCCGGCACGGACCUCGCACAGGUCGCCGAGGACGCCGCGCGUGCGUGCAUCGCCGAGUGCCAUGCGCCGUGGGCGGAGGUCACUGUGCGCCUGCCGCGCGCCCUGCUGCGCGCGCGGUACGUCGGCCUGCACAUGGUGCGCACGCGCGAUGCCGACGAUGCGCUGCGCGCGUCCGACUACCUCAUGCUGCAUGGCAUCGAGACCUUUGCGAUCCUUGGCGUGAAUCCGUGGGAGCGCGUCGAGAAGCAGCGCGUCGUCGUGGACGUGGACGUGUGGCCGCCCUGCACGGCGCCGGCCGCGUACCGCGCCCUGGCGCGCGAUGUGUGCGAGUGUGUCGACGCAUCGUCGUUCCUCACGAUCGAGUCGCUCGCCACGCACGUCGCGCACCAGCUCCUGCAGGCUCAUGCGGUCGAGCAGGUGCGCGUGCGGAUCGACAAGCCGAGUGCCAUCAUGCACGCGCAGUGCGCGAGUGUGCAGGUCGUGCGCGACCGCGCGUUCUUUGCGCUGCCGCCUGUCGUCGGCGAGCAGGCGCCGGCGGCCACCGUGGCCCUCGCGCUCGGCGCCAACCUGGGCGACCGCGCCGCGAACCUGCACGAUGCCGUGCGGCGCCUGGACGCGCAUCCGUCGAUCCGCGUCGUCGAUACGUCCUUCCUAUACGAGACGGCGCCCAUGUACCUCACGGAGCAGCCGCGCUUCCUCAACGGCGCCUGCAAGAUCCACACGACGCUCCCGCCGCACGAGCUCCUGCAGGUGUGCCAGCAGGUGGAGAGGGACGUCGGCCGCGUCAAGGCGGGCGUGCCGCGCAACGGGCCGCGCGCCGUCGACGUGGACAUUGUGCUGUAUGGCAGCGAGGUCGUCGCGGACGGCGAGCACCUCGUCGUGCCGCACCCGCGCCUCGCCGAGCGCCCGUUUGUGCUGUAUCCCCUCUGCGACAUCUGGCCGGACGCCCCGCACCCCCAGCUGCACACGCCCGUGCGCGCGCUCCUGCCGCCCGCGCCCCCGGCCGACAUGGCGCGCGUGCUCGCGUGGGGCCCGCAUCUGUGGCCCUGGGGCGCGCGCACGUACGUGAUGGGCAUUCUGAACGCGACGCCCGACUCGUUCUCUGAUGGCGGGCGCCACGACAAUGUCGCGCGCGCCAUGGCGACGGCGCGUGCCAUGGUCGCGGCCGGCGUGCACGUCCUGGACGUGGGCGGCCAGAGCACCGCGCCGGGCCGUCCGGAGGUGCCGGCCGACGAGGAGGCGGCGCGCGUGCUCCCCCUGAUCCGCGCGCUGCGUGCCGAUCCCGAGACGCAGCGCGUGCCGAUCUCGAUCGAUACGUACCGCGCGGACGUGGCGCGCGCGGCGCUGGCGGCGGGGGCGUCGCUCGUGAACGACGUGAGUGGCGGCGCGCGCGACGCGGCGAUGCUUCCGCUGGUCGCCGCGCAGGGGUGCCCGUACGUCGUCAUGCACAUGCGGGGCGAUGCCCAGAGCAUGACGCGCCUCAGCACAUACGAGGGCGGCGUCGUGCCGGACGUCGCCGCCGAGCUGGAGGGCGCCGUCGCGCGUGCGCUGGCCGCGGGCGUGCCGCGGUGGAACGUGAUCGUGGACCCCGGGGUCGGCUUUGCCAAAGAUACCCAUGGGAACGUGGCCCUGCUGCGCGGGCUGCGCGCGCUCACGGGCGCGCCGGCCGGCGAGCUGGCGGCGCCCAGUGCGCUUCCUGCGCGAGCUCGUCGCGCAGCCGGAGGCGGACGAGGCGCAGCGGGACCGCGCGACCAUGGCGGCGUGUGCGGCUGCGCUGUCGACGGGCUGUGUGGACGUGGUGCGCGUGCACGACGUGCGGGCGGCCGUGGAUACCGUGCGUACGUGUGA